AUGCAUUCCCUUUCAAUCUUUCAUUUUUCUCAUUACGUUCUUUUUCAUUAUGUCUUUCAUCUAUUUCUAUUCUUCUUUAUUUAUUUCUGUCAUUCAUUUAUUCUCAUUUUGUUCUCGUUCAUUUUUUCUCAUUCAGUUAUUCGUCAACUUCUUUUCUUCUUUCUUUAUUUUUGUCAUUCUAUCAUUCUCGUUUUUCUCGUUCGUCUUUACCAUUCUGUUUUUCGAAUCUUUCUUUUCGUCUUUCUUUAUUUCUGUCAUUCAUUUGUUCUCAUUUUUCUCGUUCGUCUUUCCCAUUUUGUUAUUCGUCUAUUUCUUUUCUUCUUUCUUUAUUUCUGUCAUUCAUUUAUUCUAAUUUUUCUCGUUUGUUUUUCCCAUUCUGUUAUUCGUCUAUUUCUUUUCUUCUUUCUUUAUUUCUGUCAUUCAUUUAUUCUAAUUUUUCUCGUUCGUUUUUCCUAUUCUGUUAUUCGUCUAUUUCUUUUCUUCUUUCUUUAUUUCUGUCAUUCAUUUAUUCUCAUUUUUCUCGUUCGUUUUUCCCAUUCUGUUAUUCGUCUAUUUCUUUUCUUCUUUAAUUAUUUUUGUCAUUCAUUUAUUCUCAUUUUUCUCGUUCGGUUUUUACACAUUAUGUUAUACAUAUAUUUCCCUUCUUCUUUGUAUAUUUCCCUCAUUUUUUUAUUCUCAUUUCAUGUAGUUCGUUUUCCCCAUUUUUUGUCUUUUUUCUACUUGACACGUUGUUUCCUUCGUCCUGAUUUUUUCUCUUUAUUUGAUAUCAUAUUUUCCUCAUAUUUCAUGCAUUUUAUUAUUUUUCAUAAUGCUUUUGAGAAUCUUCAUUAUCUUUCAUAUUUCUUAUCCCAUUUUUUUCCCGCUGCGUUAUUUAUGUUUUCUUCUGCUGUUUAUUUUUCUUUAUCUUCUGCUACUCGAUGCGUUUACUUUUCUUCUAUCUGA